UUUUUCGCCAUUUUGUGCGGUCGGGCGCAUGCCUAUAGGUCAGCCAUCUUCUCUUUGCUUCUUCCUCUUGACUUGACGAACGAGUGGCAUCAUGAAGGCGAAGGGGACGCUGAAGGAGUACAAAAUCAUCGGGCGGCGUCUGCCGUCUGAGCAGAACCCGGUGACUCCAUUGUACCAAAUGAAGAUUUUCGCCCCUGAGGUAGUGGCUGCAAAAUCUAAAUUCUGGUACUAUGCCUCCCUUCUAAAGAAGGUGAAGAAGGCGAAUGGAGAAAUCGUCUCUUGCUCUGAGGUUUUGGAGAAGAAACCCACUCGUAUCAAGAACUUCGGUCUCUGGAUCCGUUAUGACUCUCGCAGUGGUACUCACAACAUGUACCGCGAGUACCGCUCCCUGAGCGUUGCUGAGGCCGUCACUCUGUGCUACCGCGACAUGGCUGCUCGUCACCGUGCCCGUGCUAACUCAGUACAGAUCAUGCGUGUUGAGGUGGUCAACUCCAGCAAGUGCCGUCGUAAUCAUGUGAAGCAAUUCCAUGACUCCCAGCUCCGCUUCCCACUCCCCCAUCGUGUGGUGAAGUCACAAUACAAGAGCAAGAUCGUUGCCAAGCGCCCCAACACCUUCUUCUAGUCACCCUGACAUUUCGCUCGUGUGCCAAUAAAAACAGUCAAAAGGCCA